UAUAAUUACUCCAAUAUGGGGGGUUGGGAAGGUAUUAUAGUAAAGGUUUUCUUUUCCUAUAUGUACUUUAACUUGGAGGAUUAGAGCAACUGUUUAUUUGAGUGACAUCACUCAUAAUCUCACAUGACUUAUUCAAAUACCUGACGUGGGAGAAGUUUAUGUGUGGGUGUAAAGUUUACUUUCUCUUUCAUUUCUUUUUAACAGAAUAUAUAUCCAUGUAAAAGGGAGGUUUUUGUAUUUACUUUGUCAUGCUGUAAAGGUUUCUUACAAUGGACUCAAUUACGGAGGAGAGCUUCCCUUUUCAUUACUCUUUAUUGGAAUACCUGUUUACUUUGGCUGGAUUUUUUUUUUUCCUGCUGGAUAUAGCACUGGACAUUCGGAAUGUUGUGUCAUUUUAUCAGAAUGGGGACUAUGUGUAUAUGGCGGUGAUGAUCUUUCUGCUGCUGGGCUCUUCAGUAUUGUUACAGGUGUUCAGCUGGCUCUGGUACUCUGAUUGCCUGGAUGAGCUUGAGACUAAGGUGGAAACAUUUGCAAACAAGUAUAAACUGAUCAAACCAUUCCACUUCCUUCAGCUCGGAGUCUUCCUCAGGUAUGCUGGGGUGAUAGAGAUUUCCACAACGCUUUAUUUUCAACAAAGAAGAAACACAGAGGGUGUUGCUCUGUACCUGAACCUGGACCUUCAGAUGCUACGUAUGUUUGAGGCAUUUUCUGAAAGUGCCCCACAACUCAUACUUAUGAUGUCUAUAAUCUUACAGAGAGGAAAGCUGGAGCUAAUUACAGGUUUGAAAAUCCUCACAUCAGCUCUUGCCAUUGCCUUUACCAUAGCUUUGCCCAUACGUACCUUUUUGCAUGCCUUUCUUCAAGAAAAAUUCAAGAUGAGCUGGAUCUCCACUGGUGUCUACUUCCUGUGCAACUUAUUGCUGACCAUUCCCCGUGUAACCGCUCUGGCACUCUUUUGCACUGUAUUGCCAUGCUACAUCAUAGCUCACUUCCUGUCUUUGUGGAUGCUGCUGGUUUUAGGGGUUUGGAGCCAGAAAAUAGAUUACAUGAAAAGUCCUGGUUGGGAAUGGCUCUUCAGAGCUACUGUUGGACUCGUUUGGUACUUCAGCUGGUUUAAAGUAUCAACAGGAAACAUAAAUUUAAAGACUGUUCUCUAUUAUUGUGUCAUGGGGUUGGACACAUUGAUGCUGCUGGGCUUCUGGUGGUGGAAGGUGUUUGAGUAUACAGGCUGUUGGAGCUCCUUAAAUCCCUACAUUGUGAUCCCGAUACUACUAGGUUUGUACAUUUCUGGAAUUGUAUUGAAAUUUAUAUACUACAGAUGGUUUCAUCCUAACUAUGAUGAACAGAAAAUACCUAAACCCAGUGAACAACAGAAUAUCAAACAAGCUACAGCAUUUUAUGCUGACUCCCUGGAAUCUUUAUCUGAAGGUACAGCUGCAGCUCCUGCUCAACCCGUCACUUGUGUUCUCAAUAGGAAGAGGGCCAUAACUGCUGAUUUCUCCUUCUAGUUCUUGGUUAAACUUAAAGUGUAAUUAAAAAAGUAUUUAUACACAGAAUACAUUGUUUUCUGCUAACAUGGCUAUUUUCUUAAUAGCAACAACUUUUAUCAAAUUUUCUCAUCUUUUUAAACUGAUCUAGCUCGUUAUUAUUAUCUUAAAUAGAAUAAAUAAUAUAGGUAUCUUUUUUUGACCCAUAAUUUUAGCUUUUAAAAUGUAGUUGUGAUCAAAUCAAACACAUUCAGUAGAGCAAGAUGGGUAAACUGCACUAAUUCUGGAUGACUAUUGGAGAGCAAACUACACUAUAAAGCAAAAAAUCUGAAAUGUAUGGUAAACAAACAACAACAUGGCAGCUAUGGUUGCCAGGUUUUUUCUUACAUUUACAGCAAAAAAACAACAGCAACAAGAUUAUAACUAUACCAACCUACUGAUUCUGGAUGACUAGAGAGCAAAUUAUACAACAUACAGCUAGACAAUGUAAAUUUCUGAAAUUUUCAUAUGUCAGUUAUGGUGGCUUUAUAAGAGUGCAGAAAAACAAACAUUUCUAAGAGGAAUAAGUCCUUGUUAUUUCUACCUUGCAAUAAAGUAUUCUAAUAGUUUUGUUCAUUCCAACUCUGCUAAUUCAAGAAAUACUAACAUUUUAUACUGAAUGUGCAGGUAUUAAAACAUUAAAGUCCACUAUAGAGUACUUAAAGAUUACACUUUCAUGACUUAAUUUCUUAACAUAUUUACUGUAAGAACACUUAAAAUGUGCUUUAAUAAUAUUUUGUCAUGCUUUAAAGAAGUAGACUUACUUACAUGUGUUGACUAAUAUAAAGUACAUGUAAAGUACUUGAUUAUAAUUUUUUAUUAUUUUAUAAAUGACACAGAGACAAUCAAAUUUAAAAUACAAUAAUAAUAUU